UCUUUUCUUCUCCCCUGCAACUCCCGAAAUCCCCCCAAGCUGCCAGCAACAAUUUUUGAGGAAAACCGAAAUCCCGGAUCUGCUCUGCUCUGCUUCUCACCGCCAGCUGCUCCUGCUUUGUGGGGGUGAAUUGCUUUGAUUUGUCGAUUACGUGAAUUCCCCCUGCACUUGCCGUCGGCCUCUUCCCCCAAACUGCAGUUCGGUUUUUGCUGGGAAAAUUCUGGUUCCUGAUCGUUCUGUCAGUGUAGCACUAAGAUUGAGUCUUCGAUUUUAUGCGAGUGAGGUAAGUAAAUUUAUGGUAAUGCCCGUACAGUUUUUAAAAGCAUGUUUUGACUUGUUUUUGAAGUGGUGGUGGGACUAAACCCGUUUUCUACAAAAAUGAGCAUGAUUAAUUUGAAAUAAGAUUAUUAUUCUUUUUACCGAUUUGAAGUGAGAUUUUUAUGCUUUUCAUUAAAUUGAGCAUGCUGACUUGAAAUUUAAUUGAUUGUCUUGAUGAUCUGAAAGUGAUUGGUGAAGUAUGAUUUUUUGUUAAAUUCUGCCUGUUUUGUCUCCAAUAUGGUCAUGUUAUUCAUGUGCCCGCUUGUGAGAGAUUUUUAUUAAUGGACUUAAUAGUAAAAUGCUUUGAGUCACGUGUUCUUUUCUUCCUCUUCCCCGACCCUCUACAGCCGACGAGCCCCAGCCACCGCCCCCCCUUUUUCCUGCCGGAACACCGGCAAAAACUCGGAGAAUUCUCCUUCUUUCUUGUUCUAGGGUUGGAAGUGAACCCAGAAAUCCCCCUCUCUUCUGCAAAUUUCCGAAUCUGCUUUGCUUUGCUCUGUCCUUCCGCGAGCAGCUCUUGCUGGUGGAGUGCUUCCCGGUUUUCUGUUUGCCGUGAGUUCCUCCAUUUCUCUCCUCGUCGGCUUCCUUCCCAGCCGGGCCCGGUGCUACUUGCUGGAGUUUCCUAGUAUGAUGGACAGCCUUUUUAAGUUCAAUUAUCAAGUAGGUAUUGUCCAUUUAGUUGCUUGUGUUGUCCGAGAUCGUGCUAAAAUUUUGGGAUGAUUUUGGGUAGCAUAAAACACGUUUUAAGCUUGGUUGAGGUAGAAAUUUCUUGAUUUAGUUGCUGUGUGAUUUAUCUGGAAAAAGGAUUCCGUGUGUGUGAGUUGUGGUUUGCCAAGCCAUGCUCACCAUGUGUUGCCCGUGAGUAAAUGGGAGAAUUUGAUGGGAUAUUAUGGGGGUUAAGUGUCAGCUAUUGGGAAAGGAUUAAAUGUGUUGUUUUAGAUGGGUAUUAAUUUUGGGAAAUAUUUUGAUUAGGUACUUGAUUAUUCUGCCCUCUAGCACUUGGGAUUAGGGUGCUGUUGAUGCGAUUGAGAUAAGUAAAUUAUGGUAAAGCCCUUCGAUUUUAAAGUAUGUUUUAAUUGUUUUUGAGAUGGUGGCAAGGUUUAAAUUGAUUUUAAAUUGAUUUUAAAUUGAUUUUAUCAGCAUCUGAAUGUGAUUAAACUGAAAUGGAAAUUGUGAUGGUUUUCAUGAGAAUUUCACUGUUUUCUGGAAUUGAACAUGAUUGGAAUGAAAGUGAGAAUUUCAUUGUUUUUCUGGAGUUAUUGCACUGAGCAUGAUUGGUUUGAAAUGAAACUGUUUUCAUUGGUAUUGAGUACAACAUGCCUAUUUGGAAUUGACUGAACUGUUUUGAUGAACUGAGAGUUUGUAAAUUUUGAGUUUUCUGAUAAAUCCAUGCCCACAUG